ACACGAAUACGUGAAACUUUGGAUGGCAUUCUGCCAAGAGUGAUUUUCGUGGAUGCAGAAAAAAAAGAUAUUUUUAUGAAGAUAUAUGGAUUUUACGUGAACAUAUUUUAUGAAAAAUUAAUUUGACACUAGUUAAUCAUUUUUGGCAUCAUUCUUUCUCUUUAACAACAGUCACAUUUAAAAAAUCUUGUUUUGUUUGUUUAUUAUAUUAUUAGGUUAUAUAGAUUAGUGAUUAUGUUUCACAGCCAUCCUACAUCAAUAUUUUGUAUAAUUGCAACAGAAUUCUGCGAACGAUUUUCUUUCUGUGGACUCAGGACUAUAUUGUCAUUGUAUUUGAGGAAUGUUUUGUGCCUGCAUGAGAAUGCUGCUACCGUAGUGUAUCAUAUAUUUAUAAUGAUGUGCUAUACGAUGCCGUUGAUGGGUGCAAUUUUAGCUGAUAAUUUUAUAGGGCGAUAUAGAGUAAUUUUAUAUUUCUCAAUAAUAUAUUUGAUUGGAACAAUUUUGACAUGUUUGUCUGCCAUACCACCGUUAAUGUUACCAGCUACGUCUACUUCAAUGAUCGGUCUAGCACUGAUCGCUACUGGAACUGGUGGUAUUAAGCCUUGCGUUGCAGCGUUUGGGGGUGAUCAGUUUCGUUUACCUGAAGACAAUCAGAGGCUCCAAAGUUUCUUCUCGACGUUCUACUGUACUGUGAACCUUGGUGGAUUCAUGGGUAUGGUGGUGACACCAGCGCUCCGGCGUAGUGUCAUGUGCUUCGGUGAUGACGCCUGCUAUGCCCUCGGCUUUGGAUUUCCUGCACUACUUGUCCUUGUAUCUAUAAUAAUAUUUAUCGCUGGAAAACCUUGGUAUAGAAUAAAACAGCCUCGCGACAAUGUUACGUUAAAAUUUGCAGCAUGUGCGUGGUACGCGUUUCGAAAGCGAUUGCGUCACGACCCUAACACAGAUGGACCUCCCUUGGAGCAUUGGCUCGACUACUCAGCUGAAAAGUACGGCCCAAAACUGGUCUCCGAUAUGAAGGUGGUUUGCUCCAUCUUGUAUCUUUAUUUGCCGGUGCCAAUUUUUUGGUCGCUUUUCGAUCAACAGGGUUCCCGCUGGACAUUUCAAGCAUCAAGACUACGUAGUGAAGUAUUUGGCAUGACGCUGAUGCCUGAUCAGUUGCAAGUGAUGAAUCCAGCCAUGGUGUUGGUGAUGAUACCGGUGUGCUCCGGUGGAGUGUGGCCGAUACUACCAGAUCUGCCGCCGUUACAGAAGAUGUUUAUCGGCGGUAUGUUAGCUGCUAUGGCAUUCGUCUCCGCUGGGAUAUUGCAAAUUGGUAUAGAGCGUUCAACAUUACAAGUCCCAGGACAUGAUCAAACUGGGUUGGUUGUUUUAAACACGCUGGCGUGUCCCGUUGAGAUAGCGGUGCGAGGUGAGGGAAUCGCUCCUGUGGAGACCCAUGGGACUGCUCUCACCUCGCCCCUCCCGCACCGUAACCUCGGUCUCACGGCGACCUGCCCAUAUCACUGCGCUGGAAGGAUUAUAAAGCAACACGUAGUCAAAGCAGAGCUACACACAGUUGCAGGCAUGUUUAUGCCGGUGAUUGUUGGUCAGAAUUCUGACGAUCAAAUAAGAUUUUACUUCAUGGAUCCAAAUCAAUUCGGAAAGUCCUUAACGGGGAAACCGAAACUCAAGGUUGUCUACGUGGGAGACACGGGGCCUAAUAAGAAUAUUUCUAUUACUGUGGAAACGGACAAGAGACUGAAUGAUAUAUACUACGUGUCCGAUGCUCCAGUUGAUCACAUCGGUGAAUCUGCAUACAUGUGUCUACAGCCGGGGAAAUUCAAAUGGCAUGCGUCUAGUGCAAGUGGUGAAUUAUCUGGUUCUGGAGAAGGCUACGUGCGUGCCGGUGGUGUGUACGUACUUUGUUUGCGCGAAAGACUGGGACGUUUGGAUGCUGCGGUACUCCACGCACCGAAUCCUCCAAACGAAUUACACCUAGCGUGGAUCGUGCCUCAAUAUCUCUUAGUAUCUAUAGCGGAAAUCAUGUUUGCUGUAUCAGGAUUGGAAUUUUCCUUCACACAAGCACCAAAAAGCAUGAAAACAAUAACAAUAGCUGCGUGGUAUGUGUCUGUGGCGUUCGGAAACUUGAUAGUGAUUUUAAUUGCGCAGACAAAAAUAUUUGAAUCUAGAGCUUCGGAAUUCUUCGUUUACGCCGCUGCCCUGGCAAUUGCAAUGUUGAUAUUCUGGCGCAUGGCUCAAGGCUACAAUACGAGAGAUAUUGAAGGCGACGCAUCCUCCACUGAAAGUCGCCCACUUCUCAGACAUAGGUCCAGGAUAAUAUCGGUGCAUUCUUUGUCAUCAACGAGUGCUCGGGCGUACGGGGUGCGCACACAAGAUCGUCAGACGGGUAUGUGGCCGCCGCGCGCCGCCGUCCGCCUCGCCACGCCGAGCAGUGGCGACAUGCGAGUCACCACUCUUGCCAAAGAUUAAAGAACACAGACGAAAAAAAAAUCAUCAAUUUCAUUAUAAACACCGCAUCAUUACAUUUGACAGAAAUAGAAAUUUUAAGUUUGCACAUAAUAUUGAUUGCAAACGUUAAAGUGCUUUGAAAACUUUUUUCUCACCCAUUACUUGUUUUUUUUUUCAAAGUACUUGGCCAAAAUAUAUGAAACUACUACUAGGAGAUAAUUCGUAGCUAAUAUUAAUAGCGUAGGUUUUCGCUGUUAGACUUCAAUCGGUGAAAAAUCUUUAUCAGUUCAAUUAUUUUCAGUUUAUCGCCAGAAAUAAUAUUCAAUUUUGGAUAUUAUAAUAGAUAAGUACUUAUUGUGCCUGAAACUUUUAGCUAAGUUACAACAGCAAUUAAAAGUAUACAUAUUAAUAUCGAAAACCUCGGCAAAGCAACUUAGUUCGUAAAACUUACACCCACCACUUAUUUUCGUUACAAAACACCAAACAAUCUGAAACAUUUAACAACCCUAACAGUCGAUGAAAGAAAAGAAAUUACGAAUAUUUUGUAUUCAUAUUUAUUUUGCCGAAAUAUUUUAUUAUUUUGAUAAUCUUGAUUUCGAAUUUAAGUACUGAUAUUUUAUUAUGCUUUUCCAAAUAUAUUUUUAGUUACAAGCUCCACAGUAAUUAUAAAAAAAAUGGUAACACUGUUUAUGCCAAUAAGUUACCAAGGUGAUUACUUGGAUAAAGCAAGUAACUAAACGUGGGUUUCCAAGACCAAUGUCCCCGUUUAAAACAUAUUUAUAUAUCUUUUUUUACAGAUAUAUAAAUAUGAUAUUAGAAGAUAUUGUUUGUCAGAUAUUUGAUCUCAGAAACCAACGUUAAGUGUAACGUUAUAGGUAUAUAAAGUCUUAUAUAGUUGUAUGUUAUUUGUUAUGUGUCAUAUUGUAAUAGUUGUUUGUUAUUUCGUCUUUAAUAUUGUACCUAACUCAUUACUUUUAUUCU